GUAACAUUGGUAGAUUGGUAACCUUUUGGAAACUGCACAAGUCUGAAAUUUCAUAACAAAGCUGAAGGUGUUCGGAAACAAUUCCGUGGCUGCAGGUUUGAGCACCUCGACUCUGAAAAUGCCGAGAACAAGAUUUCUGCCAAGGGCGUGUGGAAUGUCGUAGAAAGCAAGAUGUGCGACCCGGAAAAGCCCUUUGUCUGCACUGAGCAGGGCUGUGGGAUGAGCUUUACCAACGAAGAUCAUCUUACAGUCCACAAGAAGAAGCACGACAUGUGCCUGUCAAUUGCAGGCAAAAACAGCUUCAUCGCUGACCAGACACCUACGCCUACACGGUUCAUUAGAUACGGGGAAGAGGUCGGUCUGUUUCAAGACCUACAGAAUGUUAACCCUUUUGAGGAGCAGUUCAAAAAGGCGGCCGAGGCGGUCAAAAUGGGAGAAGCACCGUUGCAGCCAGAGCCGAUGGCAGGUCCAAUCGACGACGCGCUCCAUACUCCUCAGGUGUUCCCAAUUCGCCACAUCGAUAUUAUGUCGACUCCGGAAAAAGAGCUCGAAACGAGUCACAGAGAAAUAGAAAUGCUGCCUAAAUCUACCAUCCUAUUGGAGUCGGAGGUGCAGAAAUCUGCAGAGCCUUUGGUCGAGCCGGCUCCUGCUCAUAUGGUUCUCGAGGAAACCCCUGCGACAGUGGAUUCUAAAAAGUAUCUGCCCAUAAUCCAGCUGCCAAACGGCAGGUUUGUAACAAUGAACGGAGAGCCCGUUGAACCCACGACAAUGCCCACUGUGGUCAUCCAAUGCAGCUACACCACUACACCAGUCGAUCAGGCUGGAGCUAUGGUAGCUGAAAACUUAGUACCUGUCUCUGCGAACCACAUUCUGGCUGAGCCAGUUGCCGGUCCGUCGAAUAUCCACAUUUUGCCCAAGCCUGUCGCCCCUGCACCACCACCUAAACUCUCUUUGGCUAAGGAAAAAUUGAAAGAAAAAGUGAGUCGGAAACGAGUAGCUGUACCUUCUAUUGUUUUGAAUGAUGAAUCUAAUUCACAACCAUCAAAACCAGUUAAAAUGAACAAAUCUCAGAUCUCAAAGAAAAAUGUAGACGACAAAGCGUCAAAAAAACUGGAGAGAAAUAGAGCUGCUGCUGCAAGAUUUCGAAAGAAGAAAAAACACUUGGAGGGCGCUUUGCUGCACAGGGUGCAAGAGCUGGAGGACAAAGUUAAGGACCUGCAGAACGAGAACAGACGCAUUACAAACCAAAUGAUGUUCUACAGAGCAGAAGCUGCAAACGCCAAAGAUCUCUUACUCGCCCACAGAGAUUGCUCUGUCACUAGGCAGCUGAGCAGAACUGAAGUCAUUGCUGUUGUUGAUUCGUCCACCCAAAUGCAAGAGGUGGUCACCACACCUGCACAAGAAUUGGUCCACGUCGAUUCAACAGCAGAGUUGUUUGAUGUACGGCAUGUUGAAAAUAAACCACCUGAAACACCCAUAUCCGUUCGACGAAUGUCUUCCAGCAAGGCACCUAACCUUGCUCCUCUUAUGAUCAUCAGGCCCAGCAGUGUUGAAGGCAAUGACAGAGGAGUUCUAAGAUUCACUUCUGGCGAUUCUGUAAUUGUGGAAAAUGUUCAACGCGCAAUUACGGAUUAAAUGCUCUGUAUUUUUAAAUGCUGAAGUGAGAGAUUUUGAGUCAAUAUUCAUCUCACUCGAUGCUGUGUUUUGCAUUUUAUGUUGGGAUUUAUUUAAUAUUUUCUGUCACGAUGUACUUCUUGAUAGUCAAGCUCUUCACCCUGAUAGGUGCCUUUAAAAGUGCUAAUGUGUAAACUCUAUUAGAAUUGAUAUUCUAACUUCCCAUUUAAAUAUUUGACUCGUAAAAUCCUGCAAGGUUGAAUUUAACAAAUUAGUCUGCUAGGUCCUAUUUUUUGACCCCUUCUCCUUCACACUGUCAGAAAAAUGUUUUUGCUUCUUUUUACAAGUAAGAAAUAAUUGGCCGAAACCGGCUGAUUUAACCCAUACAGUGUUUUUGUUUGAUACUUUUAUAUAUUUGCUUCCAACUGUAUUAAUUUAUCGUUUGUAUGCAUUAAUUUGAUUCAAUAAGAUGAUCAGAAACAAAACAAAUCGUAUGUACAAAUUUUAUUAAAAAAUAAUUACCUUUUUUGACAAUGCAGGUCUUUGCACAAAAUACAACCAAAUAUUAACCAAAAAUUUUCAUCUGAAAAU